CGCAACACGGAGUCCGGAAAAGUGAGAGCUACCGAAAAGUGCGUGUAUAUAUACCGGAGUUUACGCAUCCCGGGAAGCUGUGUGUGUGCAAUUGUGUGUGCUGGCAUACGCCUUCCUUAAAUUAUAAAUAAGCGAAGAGCAAAUGCCGCGUGGAUGAAAUUAAAACUCUUUAAGAGGCACGAUUCGAUGCUGGAAAAGUUCAUGCGGUUGAGUUAGUGGACUGGAACGAGGCGGAAAGCAAUAUAAAAAAAAACUUUUGCGAAAGCAAUUUGGACGAUAGACAGGACUAAACAGACCGCAGACAUCCAAGCACACCGUCACCAUGUACGGAAUGCUGUACGAAAGCGUGCAGCAUUACAUUCAGCAGGAGUAUGGAAUGGACACCUGGAGGAAGGUCUGCCAGAUAGUCGACUGCAAGCACCAGAGCUUUAAGACGCACCAGAUCUAUCCGGACAAGCUAAUGCCGGACUUUGCAGCAGCCCUCUCAGCCAGCACGGGCGAGUCCUUUGACUUCUGUAUGAACUUCUUUGGACGCUGUUUCGUUAGAUUCUUCAGUAACUUCGGUUACGAUAAGAUGAUCCGCUCCACGGGAAGGUAUUUCUGCGAUUUCCUGCAGUCCAUCGACAAUAUCCAUGUACAGAUGCGCUUCACCUAUCCCAAGAUGAAGUCGCCCAGCAUGCAGUUGACUAAUAUGGAUGACGAUGGAGCUGUGAUUCUGUACCGCAGUGGUCGAACUGGGAUGUCAAAGUACCUGAUUGGCCAGAUGACAGAGGUGGCCAAGGAGUUUUACGGUCUGGACAUGACUGCCUAUGUCCUCGAGAGCCAGAAUGACAUAUGCGGAGGGACAGCGGGUCCCAUCAAGCUUACGGAUGGACCUUUGACAGUGAUUGUCAAGUAUCGAUUGGACUUUGAUAAUCGCGAUUAUAUGGCCAAGCGGGUGAAUGUUAUUGCCCAUCCUUCCCAGCUCAAGAUGCCGUCGGUAGAUCUGAAUGUGUUUCUGGAGCUGUUUCCCUUCACCAUUGUGCUGGAUCACGACAUGAAAAUCACACUCGCGGGCGAGAAGAUUGUAGAGACAUGGAUCUUGCAUAAUCCUGGCGUGAACCCAAAAAGCUUCAUUGGCAGUCAUAUAAUGGAACGGUUUAAGUGCCGGAGACCCAAGGAUACUCAAAUCGAAUGGGAGACCAUUCUCCAGAUGCGGACGGUACUUUUCGAGUUCGAACUCAUCCGCACGGGUCACAACCGAGCCGCCUACGAUGCGGCCUUAAAUUUUGACUUUGAAAACUUCGAUGAGGCUAGCAGCUUAAAUGAAGCUCAGGCCAUGGCUUUGGCCAGUGCCAAGGAGUUCAGUGUGGAGAACGCGAAGGAAGAAGCAGCUGCUGCCACCACCUCUAAGGACGAAAUCGAUCCUGCCACGGGUCAGAGACGACACUCCGUGGGACUCCGAUCUAUUCUGUUGAAGGGCCAGAUGUUCUACAUAAAAGACGUGGACUCGCUGAUCUUUCUCUGUAGUCCUCUAAUCGAAAAUCUAGAUGAGCUCCACGGGAUAGGUCUCUAUCUGAAUGAUCUAAAUCCACAUGGACUGAGUCGAGAACUGGUGAUGGCUGGAUGGCAGCAUUGCUCCAAGCUGGAGAUAAUGUUUGAAAAGGAGGAGCAGCGAUCGGAUGAGCUAGAGAAGUCCUUGGAACUGGCUGAUUCCUGGAAACGGCAGGGGGAUGAACUUCUAUACUCUAUGAUACCACGUCCAAUAGCGGAGCGAAUGAGAAAGAGCGAGGAGCACGUCUGCCAGAGUUUUGAGGAGGUUUCUGUCAUCUUCAUUGAAGUGCUGAAUGUGUACGACAGCGGAUCCAAUAACAUUCAGGAUGCCAUGCAGGCGGUGACUACCCUGAACAAGGUUUUCUCAGCUUUAGACGAGGAGAUUAUUUCCCCAUUUGUGUACAAAGUGGAGACCGUGGGCAUGGUUUACAUGGCGGUUUCGGGAGCUCCUGAUGUGAAUCCCCUCCACGCGGAGCACGCUUGCGAUCUAGCCUUGAGGGUGAUGAAAAAGGUCAAGGCCCAUGCCCUGCCUGGAGUAGCCAUUCGGGUGGGCAUUAAUUCAGGACCCGUAGUGGCUGGAGUGGUUGGUAUGAAGGUUCCCCGAUAUUGCUUGUUUGGGGACACUGUUAACACAGCCUCCAGAAUGGAGAGCAGCAGCGAUCCUUGGAUGAUCCAGUUAUCAAACUAUACCGCCCUCAAGGUGAGGAAGGUGGGUUACAAGGUAGAAGCUCGUGGAUUUGUGAAGGUCAAGGGAAAGGGUGAGAUGGAGACCUACUGGCUAUUGGAGGGACCAGAGUAAUAUUUUGGAAUUGUAUAUUUUUAAUAAACCAGGAUGCUAACUAAAAGCAAAUAUAUAACGUACAUAAAUAUUUUUAAAAGAGAUUUAGUGAGGAUCGUCAGAACUACAAUAUCCAGAGCUACUGCUUAGGAAA